AUGGCCUCUUGGGAAGACGACGACUUCGAAGUGCCAGUGGCAGCUGCUGCAAACGACUUCGGUGAAGAAGGUGAAGAGCUCAUGGGAGACUGGGAGGCCGGUCUGGAGAGCGACGACGACAAGCCAAAGGCCGUCAAGCCCAAGGUCAGCAGCGCCCAGCGAAUCGCCUCUCGCAAGCAGAAAGAGCAGGAAGAGCGCGAGAAGAAAGCCCUGGAAAAAACCAUGAGUGCCAGCAAGAAGGAUAUGCUUCAGCGCGAGGUCGACGCCGAUCUCGACACUGCCAGUGAUCUGCUGGCCGCUGCAGACAUCCAUCCCCGCAGCCGCAAGAAGGAGUCCCAGGGCAGCUCUUCGGCUACCGGUCCCGCUAAGCUGAGCGACUUUGCCGUCUUCAAGCCCACCAAUGCUGCUGGAUACACCGAGCUCCGCAAGACUCUGGCGCCUGUCAUCAACCAGCUGGCGGAAAAGAACUCCAAUCUGCAGCACACAAAUUUCAUCAUCGAGUUAUGCCGCGACCUGUGCGGUCCGCUAAGCAGCGACCAAACUAACAAAGUCACCAGCACCCUCACUGCCGUCGCCAACCAGAAACACCGUGAGGAGCGGGCCCGCCGGUUGAAUAAUCGCCAGAAGCCGCAGAUCAAGCAGGCCUCUGCCAAGCAAGAGACCCAGGUCAAGGCGCCGGAAGAUCUUGCCGACGACGGCCUGGACGAUGAUGAUUUUAUGUAG